AUGCCGCCUGAACUCCCGCCGCAUACGUCCCUGCCACGCACAAACCCGUCUUCCGUGUUCUCGGGUUUGCCUCUCGAUCUCCAUGUUUCGGACCGUCAAACCAUUGAUUCUGACCAGGGCCAGGACGUCCAACCCCAACCCGUAGUGGGUGACAAAGCCACCAGUCCUCCUGUCGCUGGUCGUCGCGAUAAAGUUUCCUUGGCUGGACAAGAGGAAGAUCCGGGAAAUAUUGAAGACGAAGGGCUCGAAACGGAAUCCGACGAAGAUAACGCAAAUAGCCCAAGCGGGUCUAAACUCUCAUCCGGCGAAGACUUUGACGAACCAUUUCCACCUUCUGGCCGAUCAGCCAAACCCAAAAUCCUUCCGAUGAGGCGCUCUAAAAAGGCCGGAUCAGUCAAACAUCGCUCCUCCAGCAGGCCGGGCCUGUUCGUCGUGGCUGGCGGUGAAAACGGCCACGCCAACAGCGACAUGAAUUCCAAUGUCGAAAUGCGGAGGAAGGACAAUUCUCUCGACUCGGCCCCUUCAGCUACCCAGGCUGUCUGGCUCAUGAACAGAUCAAGUUUCACGCUCGACGAUGAACCCCCAACCCCUCAAACACCGAGGAUGACGAACAUGAGCUUUAGCGAUCUACCCAUUUAUGACAAGCGGAAUUUUGCGCUGUUAUGUCUUCUCUACUUCUUGCAAGGUGUACCAAUGGGCCUAGCGGCCGGAUCAGUACCUUUCCUUCUUAAACCUUUCCUCUCCUACGGCCAAAUCGGCAUAUUUUCCCUUGCGUCAUACCCUUAUUCCUUGAAACUGUUAUGGAGUCCCAUUGUAGAUGCCGUUUGGAGUCGAAGAUUUGGACGGAGGAAAAGCUGGAUCACGCCCAUCCAGAUGAUAUCCGGCAUUGCCAUGUUAUAUCUGGGAGGUAGUAUUGAUCAAAUGAUGGUAGCUGCCGGCGCGGAUGGAGGUGCGGGUGUUUGGAACUUUACUGGCUGGUGGUUCCUCUUGGUGUUUCUCUGCGCGACCCAGGAUAUUGCUGUUGAUGGAUGGGCGAUUUCGCUUCUGUCGCCUCAGAAUAUCUCGUACGCUUCCACGGCCCAGACGGUGGGACUCACCGCAGGCCAGUUCCUUUCAUACACUGUCUUUUUGGCCUUGAAUUCAAAAGAUUUCGCCAACAAAUGGUUCCGCAAUGAGCCCGGAAACACUGGCCUUAUAUCUUUGGGCGGCUACCUUACAUUCUGGGGAUGGUUCUAUAUCAUUGUCACACUAGUUCUAGCUGUCCGGAAAAGGGAAGAGAAAUCCAACGAUCGAGAUGGCAUCCUCGCCGUCUACAAAAGCAUGUGGGGUGUAUUGAAGCUGGCCAACAUUCACACCUUAAUAAUCGUCCACCUCAUCGCAAAGAUUGGAUUCCAGGCCAACGAUGCAGUCACCAGUCUGAAGUUAAUUGACCAGGGCUUUGGCCAAGAGAACAUGGCACUCGUCGUUCUAAUCGAUUUUCCCUUCGAAAUUGGUCUGGGAUACUAUGCCGGAAAAUGGUCGAACAAAUAUACGCCAAUGAGACUUUGGUGCUGGGCAUUUGUUGCCCGCCUAUUCGCUGCACUUCUCGCACAGGCAGUUGUCAUGGUUUUCCCAAAGGGUGACGGGCCAAUUCCUACCUGGUAUAUCCUGGCAGUUAUUGGCGAACAUGUCUUCUCCACGUUCAUGAUGACUGUUAUGUUUGUGGCUGUUUCCGCCUUCCACGCACGCAUCGCUGACCCCGUCAUUGGUGGGACUUACAUGACCUUACUCGCAACUGUCUCCAACCUGGGCGGAACUUUCCCCAAAUUUUUCAUUCUCAAACUCGUCGAUCUCUUCACGAACGCAACCUGCAUACCGCCCACAGAAACACCUGCGGACAUAAAAGAUCCUAUCACGGCGCAAUUUUCCUGCGCACUCGAAGCAGACAAGCUUCGCUGUGAAGCUGGCAAGGGUGUUUGCCAGGCCCACCGCGACGGGUACUAUACUACCAACAUUAUAUGUGUAAUUAUCGGAACAAUUACAUUCUUCCUAUACAUCAGACCGGCUGUUCUCAAGGUGCAACAAUUGCCAUUACGCGCAUGGCGACUUAACGGCAAUAAUAGGCAGGCAUAGAAUUUUCUCUGAUUUCUCGUUCCCUUUCUUCCCAUCUUCUCUUCUUUUCACCAAAAAUACAAAGACUCCUUGUACUCUUUGACUAACUGUUUUAACUGUACACCUUUUUAUUCAUGUUCGAAAAGCGUAGUUUUUGAUCUGAGAGGGAUCCUUGGUUCUUUUCUCUCCUCUCUCUCUUGCUGUCUUGUCCUUCAGCAUUCCCAAAUGCCUCAAAUAAACAGUGCAUGUUCUCUAGACAGUUCAGUCUGUGUGUACAAUAAUAUCGAUGGAUAUUUGAGAACUUUUCAUAUUAAAUUCUCUUUAUUUUCAUUUUUUCAUUUUCAUUUUUUCUUUCUCGAAGCCUCAAUGUUGUUCUCACGCCUCGAAAUACCACCUUUUCUAUUUUCUUCUAACAUGAAUAACCCACUAAUAGCUGAAAAAGAAUGAUAUGCAUGGCUCAUCUACUGUGUGGAUGAUGCAGUACCAGAACGGGCAAAAUAGACCUAGAAUAGCAGCACAGAUGUGGAUUUUAGGAAG